AUGAAGGAGGCCAGAGUUUUGAGAAUUUACUCUCGUUUCCGAGCACUGAAGUCAUGGGUCUGGGAUGAAGGCGAGGUGGUAAGACUGAGCGAUUUGCACCGGGGGGCGUUGCUUCAGCCAGCCGAUCUGCAGGAUGUGCGUGUUGUCAACAUGCGACUGCAAGUGGCCAAAGCACAGAACUGGAUGGCAUCGAACGGAGCAGACUUUUUGCGCAGAAAGGGUCAGAGAGGAAGGACGUUUAAAUCGCUUGAUGGACACGAAGUGCAGAUAAACGAUGAGCAGAAGUUCCAUUUCGUUGUUCUCAAUGCCAGAUGUGCGCCAGCAGCUGAUGUUGCCACACUUCUGAAACUGGAGAGGGGGCCAGGCUUCGUGGCCGAGUGCAUACAGGCAAACAAGGAGAUGCAAAGGUCAAUGCAUUUAUAA